CCAGUUGUUUCACCUGAAAAUGCCGGCCAAAUGCUUCAAAUGUUUGCAUAUUUUUAUCAGUGAGCCAAAGUCAUGUCAAUAUCAGAGCAACACAUUGUCGGACUACGCGAUCUGCUAGUUAACGAAACAAACAUACCCGUGCUGCUGCAAUUAACCAAAAGUGUGACAAAAAAUGUCUGCAAAGUUGAGGAGCCAGAAGAGGCGCUUGGCUAUCUUACUUCGCAUGUGGAUGAUAUACACAAGCUGCUGCACAAGCGUCACAUCACCAGGGAUCUGUUAUUUAAAUAUUUGCACACACGCUUGCCGUGCACUUCAACAGAUUUCACCAAAGCUGAUCUGGUGAUGAGAGUGAUAAAAUAUUGGGAUCAGCAAGGAGCAAGUCAGAACCUUGCAAUUGUUGGUACUCACAACGCCGAGGAACAGCAAUUUCCCAUACACUUAAUUGCGCGCAAAUUCGGCGAAUGGUUUUUCAACAAAUACAACAAUAAUGACUUGUGCCACACGGAUCUGUGGAGCGAUGCAGCGUUGCAUCUGAAAGUGAUUGCGGAUGAUGGGGCAAGUGAGCUGGAGUGCGUUGGCGUUGCCGAAGUGUUGGACGCACUAGUGAAAGCAAAGCAAACAUUUGACUUCUAUUUCAAUCCGAAUCUUUCGCAUUCGGGUGUCCAGGGCCGGAUGGAUCCAUAUGGUCAGGUUGUGGUGCUCUGCUGCGGCACAUUGCACUCAGAGCAGAGAUCCGUUGGCGUCUUUGAGUGCUCGUUUGGCUUGUUGCGCGAUCCGCAUGCGUGCAACAAUUGGAAGCCGAAAAAGUUCAAGUGCCUGCUGCGCAGUGCAGAGAGUCCACCGCCUCUGCACACCCUAAUCGAAUGCGAUACACUGCAGGAGGCACUGGCGCUGCCAGCACCCAGUGAUACACUGGACCAACUGUGACUGACUAAGAGCUCUCGUUAAUGGAUAUUUAUUUAAUUAGAAUAUAUUUAUAUGUUGUAUACAUAUCUAGUCUGUUUAAACUGCCGUCAAACCUGCAAAUUUUUACUUGAUUUGCUUCAAAAAACAAUACAAAAAAAAAUGACAAUAAGACAAAA